GGUGGCGCGCACAGCAACUUUGGAGAAGCGAGUCCCAGCCGCCGCUAUGACUCCCUGGCUCGGGCUCAUCGUGCUCCUGGGCAGCUGGAGCCUGGGGGACUGGGGCGCGGAGGCGUGCACAUGCUCGCCCAGCCACCCCCAGGACGCCUUCUGCAACUCCGACAUCGUGAUCCGCGCCAAGGUGGUGGGGAAGAAGCUGGUGAAGGAUGGGCCCUUCGGCACGCUGGUCUACACCAUCAAGCAGAUGAAGAUGUACCGAGGCUUCACCAAAAUGCCCCACGUGCAGUACAUCUACACGGAGGCUUCCGAGAGUCUCUGUGGCCUUAAACUAGAAGUCAACAAGUACCAGUACCUGCUGACAGGCCGUGUCUAUGAUGGCAAGAUGUACACAGGGCUGUGCAACUUUGUGGAGAGAUGGGACCAGCUCACCCUGUCCCAGCGUAAAGGGCUCAACUACCGGUACCACCUGGGCUGUAACUGCAAGAUCAAGUCCUGCUACUACCUGCCUUGCUUUGUGACCUCCAAGAACGAGUGUCUCUGGACCGACAUGCUCUCCAACUUCGGUUACCCUGGCUACCAGUCCAAACACUACGCCUGCAUCCGGCAGAAGGGUGGCUACUGCAACUGGUACCGAGGCUGGGCCCCCCCGGACAAAAGCAUCAUCAAUGCCACAGACCCCUGAGCAGCAGACCCUGCCCCACCUCACCUCCCUCCCUUCCCGCUGAGCCUCCCUCGGACACUAACUCUUCCCAAAUGAUGAUGACAAUGAAAUUAGUGCCUGUUUUCUUGCAAAUUUAGCACUUGGAACACUUAAAGAUAAAUCUAUUGGAUGGGGUUGGUUUCGGAGUUGUUCUCCCGGGCCCGCUCUGCCCCUUUCUUUUUGGUUUGGACAUCGCCACCCAUUUCUCGUGGGAGUGCUUGGCACCAGGGCAAAAAGAAAAGAGGGAUGCCUCUUCCUUGUGAAAAUAUAAUCUAUAUUUUUUUAGGAAAACA